AAGGGGCAGAGGAAGGUAAGUAAUUAUCCUUGUCAGGUACCAUAAUUACUGCUUCUGCCACCCACCUUCUUCACUAUACAGAGUCUCUCACUAACCUCUCUCUCUCUAUUUCUUGAUUUCUUUGCAUUACUUUUCUUGCCGCUUCUUCUUCCUCUUUUUAUCAUCUUUGUCUCGUGGGUCACUGCAUGUGUUUCUCUUGACCCGUAACAUUUCUCUCUUGAGCUUACCCUACCGGAGAAGAUAAUCGCCGACCACAAUGGCUUCUACUUCAUGCAGUGUAGGAGGAGAAGUAGCUGGUGAAACAGGUUUGGCUCUUGCUAAGUCAUCUCUACCGCCGCCUCGUCCCAAGUCUCCGCCGCCGUAUCCAGAUUUGUACGGGAAACGUAGAGAGGCGGCGAGAGUUCAGAUGCUAGAGAGAGAGAUUGGUUUUCUUGAGGGAGAAAUUAAAUUUGUCGAAGGCUUGCAACCGUCGUCCAGAUGCUGCAAAGAGCUCUCUGAUUUUGUGGUUGCAAAUUCUGACCCAAUGAUACCUGCACAACGAAAGAGUCGACGACACUGCCGGUUCUGGAAGUGGCUCUGUUUCCCGUGUUUGAGCGUGGCGAGUUUCUGCUGUUGUUGCCGACCCGAGUGUUCGUGCCAUCUGAGGAAGCCAAAAUGCUGCAACUCCACAUGUUGUAGCUGCGUUGGUUCCAAAUGCUGCAACGGGUCCUGCUGCUCAAACAGCUGUUGUUGCCCGAAACCGAGCUGCCCCAAAUGCCUGAGCUGCCCGAGCUGUUCAUGCUUCCUAGGUUGCUGUUGUUCUUGUCCGGACUUAUGUUGUUGCAUACCCACAUGUUUCCGCAGUUGCAGUCGACCAUCAUGUCUUAAUAAGAAGAGCUCAUGUUGCAGCUGCAACUGCAAGAUCAAAUGGUCAUCUUGUUUUAAAUGUCCUAAGCUACGACUUUGUUGUUGUUUUUGCAAUUGUAAAAAUACAUGUUCUAAUCCUUGUUGUUUAGCUUUCUAAACAUUAUUAUUAUUACUGUUAUUAAUAUUAGUA